AUGGAAAAAAAUUAUUGUAAAAUAGAAAAACCAUUAAUACUUCUUCGAAGACCUUUACCUCCAAAACUCCCUAAACUGUCUACAUAUAAGAAGAAAAUCACUAGAGGAAAAACUAUCAUCCCAAAGCCUAUAAAGGUAGGAUCAAAAUGGAAACUAGUUCCUUUGAAGCAGAAGAAAACUGAACCAUUAACGGCCAAGACUAGUAAAACUAAGCUACUCAAUGUACCAGUUACUGAAGAUAAAAUCAUUCCAAAAGGAAUAGGUAGAACUAGGCGUCUUGAAGUUUCAGAAAAACAUCCACAAUUACAAGUCAGUGUCUGUAAUAUCUGUCUUGAUCUUCAGAUACCAGGAAGACGGACUAUGAUCCCCAAAUCUGUUACCCGUACCUAUUGGCACUUACCAGAAACUGCUCCUCCUCCCAUAUUUUUCCCACGAUGUCAGUCAGCUUCUAAGCGAGUUUUUGGGGAAAAGUUGAAAAAACAACUCAAGAAGAAGAUUCCGGUUGGUCAAAUAAGAGACUCUUCAGAUAUUCCCUCAAAGUUUUCCCAACCUUUCAGUGGUCGUUACUUGGUUAUCACUACCCGGUUAAAGGAAAGUUCUCCUCAGCUUGAAAUUUUGCCAAAGAUUACAGACUCUGAGCUUCCUUCUACUCUGAAAGUGUCAACUGAAGUAUUAGUAAGCUCUGCAUCCAGCAGUGUAUCUAUUAAACCAGAGAAGACUGUAUCUUGGAAAGCUGAUGUUAAGCAAAUCGUCAAUAAAGUGGUACUAGGCGAUGUUAAGCAAAUCGUCAAUAAAGUGGUACUAGGCUCAGCUAAGUUUGUAGGAAUGAAAAGCUUACCAAUACCAGUGAUCCCAAGAAAACCUCAAAGACAAUCUGAAAUAGGAUUGAUUAGAACCACUGGAACCAUCAGAACCAUAAAGCCAGAUAGCCAUGUUUUACGUGGUGAAGGUUUUAAGUCAGUUGCAGCCACACGCUAUGAAACUAUCAUGGCCAUUGUUGAACUGGCAAUCGUGACCUGCCAAGUACAUGGAAGAAAUGCACUUAAUCUCAAGGGAUUUUCUCUCCGGUAUUGUCCAGACCUCUCACCAAUUGCUUUACAAUUGGUAUAUCUUAACCUAGCAUUUAAUGAUCUCACCCAAUUUCCUCAUGAAAUACUUUCUCUUAAAAAUUUACAAGUACUGAUACUGAGAAAUAAUCCUAUCAAAGAAAUUCCUUCUGAAAUUUACCACCUUAAGUACCUUAGAGUAUUUGCCAUUGGAUUCAAUUUGAUUUAUGAUCUUCCAAGUGGGUUAUUUUCCCUUCCCAGUCUUGAGGAACUUGAUGUUUCCUACAAUGAAUUUACUGCCAUUCCAAAUGAAAUCCAGAAACUCAGCUCACUUGACAAACUGAAUGUAGAUGGGAAUGAGUUGACUGCUUUCCCGUCUGGAAUUCUGGACCUUAACCUGACAAAACUCCAAUAUGAGAAUACAUACACUCAUCCUGCUUUUUGGGAACAGAAUUCCAGAAAUAGUCCCCUAAGACUUACUGAUAUCUGUGCUUUUUAUAUUCUCAGAAAUAACCUCUGUAUGUUUCAUGAUGAAAUUUCAGCAGAAGUUCAAAGUUUACUUGAAAGCACAUCCACGUGUGACUGGUGUCAAGGCCCCAGAUUUGGAGGUUUUCACAUCAUCCGAUCCACUGAUAUUUUUGGAACCGCACAGCUUCCUAUUUUGUUUCUGGUCUGUUCUACUUCCUGCCUUGAGAAAAUGAGGGAAACUAAUUUUAUUUACACACGUCUUACAAAUAAAAUAAUAACUCUAAAUGUGGACUGGACAGAUGAAGAAGAAUACAGUUGA